UAACACAUGUUGCACAGUUGUUACUCAAAGUGUAUGAGACUUUUAAAUUAUUCUGGUUUACUAAACUAUCACAAAUUUAAAAAAUUUCAAAAUAAGUUAAAUGUUGCUAAAAGUUCCAGUGUGUGCACCGAUCUGUAACCGAUUCGUAUGGCGACGCCACUCGAGUCAGCUCGCGAGACCUUUCGUGCUGGGCAUCGAGUCAAGUUGCGACGAUAGCGGGGCGGCUAUCGUCAGCCGGGAUGGAACCGUACUCGGCGAAGAUGUCCACUCACAACAGAACAAUCACCUCAAAUUCGGUGGUAUAAUUCCACCAGUGGCACAAGAAUUUCACCGUGAUCACAUAGAGAAUGUUGUGCAACGUACGCUGGAACAGGCCAACAUGAGUUGUGGCGAUUUGGACGCAAUUGCCGUUACGAACCGACCGGGGCUUCCGUUGAGCCUGCUUGUUGGCGUUCGGUAUGCUAAACAUUUAGGCAGAAAAUUCAACAAACCAAUCAUCCCAAUUCACCACAUGGAAGCGCACGCCUUGAUGGCGCGAAUGACCAACAAAGUGCCAUUUCCGUUCGUUUGCAUCCUUAUCAGCGGCGGUCACUCCUUGCUAACGUUAGUAAAAAAUACCAAACAAUUCUAUCUACUUGGCAAAACGCUGGACGACGCUCCGGGAGAAGCGUUCGACAAGAUCGCGCGAAGGUUGAAGCUCCGCAAUCUUCCCGAGUACGCCUGGAUAUCGGGUGGAAGAGCUAUCGAACUGGCCGCUGCAUCCAGCACAAACAUGGCGAAAUAUGACUUCCCGCUGCCCUUGUCCCAUUACCGCGAUUGCCAGUUCAGCUUUGCCGGACUCAAAAACACCGCGACACGCCACAUUCUCCAGCAAGAGAACCAACUAUCGUUGGCCCCCGAUUCCAUCCUCCCGGAUUACAACGACCUGUGUGCGGCAUUUCUUAACGCUUCCGCGAGGCAUAUCGCUCAAAGAACUUUGCGAGCGAUUCGCUUUUGCGAGAAACAAUCGCUGAUCCAGCCAGGCGACCCCAAAACGCUAGUCAUUUCCGGCGGAGUGGCGUGCAACGAUUUCAUCUACCAGACCGUCUCGAAGAUGGCGGAAUCCGUUGGAUACGUGACCGUACGGCCGCUGAAGAAACACUGCACCGAUAACGGCGUGAUGAUUGCGUGGAAUGGAGUGGAAAAGUUUGCUGUUGGACAAGAUAUUGUGUUCGAUUACGAUUCGGUUGAUAUUGUUGGCAAAACUCCACUUGGGGUUAGCUUAAUCGAGAUGGUAAAAGAUGCCAAUAUACCCAGUAAAAUGUAAUUCUGGUGAAUGAAGCCUUGUACAAAUCAAUAAAGUAGAGAGAAUCAUUCUGAAAUGCUA